GCCACGCGUCACUUACGUUCGUCGCCGCUCCCGCUAGCGCGUCCGCUCCGCUAUGAAGGUGAAAGGCAAGGGUGCGAAAUCCAAAAACAUGGACAAGCUGAUCGCUGCCGUUCAGGCGAGAGAGUGCUUGUGGGAUAAGAGUUAUAGGGGACACAGGAAUCGCUUCAAACUGGAGAGGUAUUGGAAUGAAGUCGCAGCCGAAGUCGGCACAACCAGUCUUAACUGUAGAAAGAAGUGGAAAAACCUGAAAGAUCAAUGCCGGAAAGAGAUGAAAAAGAACCCCAACGAUUCAGAGUGGCCACACUUUCCAAAAUUAAAGUUCAUUCAUCACCAAUUCAUAACAGAGGACGAGGAAGGUGAUGAAGAUACAGCCGAAGAAGUAUUUAAUUCCCUCGAUGAGUCCAUCAAAAGACCAAAACUUGGUUAUACGAUGCGCAAAAAGUUAUUAAUGAAUAAGAGACGGACGAUAGACGUUGAUAUGAAUAAGUUGAUAGAGUUGGUAAGAGUAAGGGAGAUCAUAUGGAAUCGACAGUUGAAAGGACAUCACAAUUGGUACAAGUUGGAUGAAGCGUGGAAAGAAAUUGCAUUGGAUUUGGGUGUUACACGUGACGAAGCACGUCUAAAAUGGAAAUACCUACGAGACCAAGCAAGAAAAGAAGUGCGGAAACAGACCUCCGAAUGGGAGUUAUUGCCCAAACUGCAGUUCCUAUCAAACCAGUUCUUCGACAAUGACGGCAAUGACAUCCCUGAAGAUUCCUAUAGCCAAGAUUUCGAUGUAGCUGACCAGAGCAGUAAUUAUUACACAAACGUUGAACCCACCGAAACAACACCAGAAGAAAUAAAUGAUGAGCCAGCAGCCAGAGAUGAUGACUUUGACGAAUUCGACACAAAACCAAUCGUCAUGGAAACAGACUUUUAUGACGACGAUGAUGAUGUUCAAAAAUGUAGUGAAGAGCCAGAAGUAGCCAAGGAUGAAGAUAUAGGAUUCUUUAAUAGCUUGCUACCGCAUGUGAAGAAAUUAGGACCAGCUAAAAAGCUGAUGUUGCGGAUGAAAAUACAAGAAUUAGUGUACAAUACAGUGUAUAAUACUUAGUAUUAUCUGUUAGAUCUAUAAGGUUUCUCUUAUUAUGACGAAAGACAUAUAUCGUAGAAUUUCGUCACUGCGGAUAUGAGACGAUAGUUUCGGCAUAAGAUAAUUUCAACACAUAAAAAAAACAUCUCUUACCUGUAUG